AGAAGCUGCAACAUGCCUUCACCAUCUUGAAUUAAUCAAAUUGAGAUUUCGUUGGGCGAUCGAAAAUGGCAAGUGAAGGAGCGAAGGAUCCAUGGAAAGGAGAAGAGUGGGGGACGAGUGAGAAUCAGAAUCAGAAUCAGAAGAAGCAGAAGAAGCCAAGUGGUGCGAAAAUGGUGGCGAGAGCGAGAAAGCAGAUGCCGAGGGGACUCGAAGAAAAGUACGAAGCUUACUUCCUGCCGCGAAAGCCAUGGCCAAAGGCUCUUGCCUUCUAUGGAAGCUUCAUCCUGGGUGGGAUCGGUGCUGGUAUGCUUAUAGAAACUUGGAUCAACAAAAAGGUCAAAGAAGAUGGCGGAGUCAUUUGGGAAUUCGAUAAGUGAAAAGAGAAUGCGAUUCAUGUUUCAGAUGUUUCUGGGUUUUUGUUUUAAAUUUGUUGUAAUAAGCAAACACAGUUUAUCUAUAGACAAAAGACUUUGGCUUGUUUCGGAACUAAAGGGUGAUCUUGAUAACUUGUUUUCAACUGAGACGCAUUUAAGUUGUUCGACGAAAUGCUUCUUUCGGCAAAAUUUUAUAAACUGUUUCUUACGUAGUA